AUGGCAGGAGACAGCGAGCAGGCUCUGCCCAACCACACGCCGCAGAACGGGCCACCAUUCCUCAUCGGGGUCAGCGGAGGCACGGCGAGCGGGAAGUCAUCUGUUUGUUCAAAGAUUGUACAGCUUCUGGGACAAAAUGAGGUGGACCAUCAUCAGAAGCAGGUUGUCAUGUUGAGUCAGGACAGUUUUUAUCAGAUACUGACUCCGGAGCAGAAAAGCAAGGCGCUGAAAGGCCAAUUUAACUUUGAUCACCCAGAUGCCUUUGACAAUGAACUUAUUUUGAAAACUCUUCGAGAGAUCAUGGAAGGGAAGACUGUACAGAUUCCUGUAUAUGAUUUUGUUUCACACUCCAGGAAAGAAGAGCCUGUGACAAUAUACCCAGCUGAUGUGGUGCUUUUUGAAGGUAUACUGGCAUUUUACGUUCAAGAAAUCAGGGACAUGUUCCGAAUGAAAUUGUUUGUGGACACAGACGCAGAUACACGGCUAUCACGAAGAGUACUUAGAGACAUCAAUGAACGAGGUCGUGAUUUGGAGCAGAUUCUCUCGCAAUAUAUCACUUUUGUGAAGCCAGCAUUUGAAGAAUUCUGUCUGCCUACCAAAAAAUACGCGGAUGUGAUUAUUCCCAGAGGUGCUGAUAACCUGGUGGCCAUCAACUUGAUUGUUCAGCACAUCCAAGAUAUCCUAAAUGGUGGAUUAACAAAGAGGCAGACUAAUGGUUAUGUGAACGGUUACACGAGCCAUCGGAGUAGGCAUCCCUCGGAAUCCAGCAGCAGCCGACCUCACUAA